CACACCCUAUUGAUAAUCUCCGAGAAAAUCAGAACUGGACGAUUAUUUCAUCCAACAAACAAUAUGAGUUCACUACGGGUUUUGAAACCAAACACAUUGUAUAUUAUUUUCGAAACGAGAACAACGAGAGAAACUAGUGAUGUACCUAUACGUCCCUUAGGAAAUGACAACACUAAAGUUAGUGCUUAUAUAUCCGGCUCAAAAGAUCCCUGGAUUGGACUCUGGGGCACAAUAAACCCAAAAAUAUCCACAAACAGAACAGUGAAAUUUAGAGACAUCAAUCUUCGCCACCAUUCCCAAAUUUUCUUUCUCUGGGAGAUCAUGCCAACAAAUAACAACAAGAGAGUGUUAAAUCGUCUCCAGCAGAUGUAUCUAAGCAAUAAACAUGGCGAUUGGACUGCCUCCAAAGCAUCAUUACGUCUCUUACAAAUGUUACAUGGGGGUCACAAGAAAAAUUUAUUGUUCCAGCCAAUUAUCCCUGCUCAUGCAUCUGGAGUCUUUAGAACCAUCCAAGAAGCUGAAAGGAAAUUGCCCGUACAAGAUAGAGGAUUACCAAGUAACUUGACAAUACUGAGAGUACAGCCUGGUGAAAAUAUUCAGAUAGUAGAUUUUGACACGACACCUACCCUUAAGAUCAUAGGUGUACUUUCAGAGCAUCAGCAUCAUCAUCAUCAUCAUAAUCAUCAUCAUCAUCAUCAGCAUCGUGGCCGAAGUCAUAGGCGUCCCCGCGUAAUUCACCGGAAAAGUUCAUGGCAGAGAGGACGGCACUAUUAUGAUCAUAGACGCCCUCGUGAUAGAAAUGGCUCUUUUGAAGAUCACCCCUUGCCCAACAAGACAAAGAAUCUGGCGAUGCAUGAGCCGGGAAUGGGUGAGUACAUGGAGCCAUCUAAAUAUGCUGAACAAGAUCAUUCGCGACGAUCAUCGGUGCCUCAAUUAUCAUCAACAGCCCCACCAUUUUAUCCAACAGUUGGUGCCCUCCCAGCUGGAGGCUAUGCAAUACAACCUCCAAAUGGCCCCCAAGUAGUCGCUGUACCUCAAUACCCUCAAGUGAUUCCAACUAUGUCAGAAGGUCGACCUCUUGCACCACAGACUGCUGAACCACUUCCAGUACCGAUAUCCAGUUCCACUUCUGGUAGACGUCGAUCUAUAUCUUCACAACCAACUAAUACAUGUCAUCGAAAAGAGUCUAACUAUCAGAACUCUUAUCAUCCUUCAACUGAUUCCAUCAGUUCUAAUCCCCGUCGUCGUCGUAGCUCUGAGUCUGGAGCUAGCUAUCAUGGAAAGGGAAAUAUACAAGGGGAAAAUCUUAAUUCCAAUCAUGAACACCACCUCGGCGUCAGAGAAACUCUAUCUCAUAUCAAAGAUAAACUCAUGCAUCCUGAACCACCAACACCCUCAGGUCGCUUGGUCGCAUGAUAGAUAGAUCUGUUAUUUCACAUGGAAGUGUCCCGUUUUAGUCUGUACGCCCACUGGUGGACCUUGAUGUAUGUUUAUACAUAUUGUUUGUAUGAACGAAUGGGUAUUCUAAACGAAGUCAAGAAGUAUCUCA